AUGACCCAUCCUCGGCUUCCUAAUAUUUGCAAACCCAUCUGGGCCUUGUGGAAAGAUGGUAUACCAAAUAGAAAAUUCAAAGAGAUCAGGUGGCCAGGAAAAGGAAGCGUCAAAACAGAAGGAAUGACAUUAUUUUAUAGUGAUGAUAAAUACGGUAGACACAUAAAUGGGGUGGGUUUUCUAGUUAAUGAACUUUUACUACCUCAUGUAAAACAUUUUAAACCAGUAAGCGACCGAAUAUGCUACAUGCGCAUAGCUGAUAAAUCUAGUGACCUAAUAUUAAUAUGUGUGUAUGCCCCCACUGAAACAGGACCCAAUGAUGAAAAGGAGGUGUUCUACGAAGAACUAGAAAGGACGUAUGAUAAAUUGCCAAACCACUGCUGA